UUGAAAGCAAAUGCAUCAUCCAUACAGGUCAAGACUCUCGAGCUUUCUCGUGUCAAGUGUCCCACACCAGCCUCAUCUCAUUAUCUAGUAGAAGCACUGUGUUCAAUGCCAAACCUGACUGACCUGACACUUGGAAUGGAUCUCAAUGAUGAGUUCUACUCUUCAUUGAAAGCAAAUGCAUCAUCCAUACAGGUCAAGACGUUCAAGAUUCAUAUUGGCGAGUGUCCCACAUCAGCCUCAUCGCAUCAUCUAGUAGAAGCACUUUGUUCUAUGCCAAACCUUACUGACCUGACACUUGGAAUGUAUCUCAAUGAUGAGUUCUACUCUUUAUUGAAAGCAAAUGCAUCAUCCAUACAGGUGAAGACUCUCAAGCUUCAUGCUGUCACACCAGCAUCAUCACAGCUCCUAGCAGAAGCACUGUGUUAUAUGCCAAACCUGUCUGACCUGACACUUGAAACGGAUCUCAAUGAGGAGCCUGAGGAGUUCUUAUCUUCAUUGAAAACACAUGCAUCAUCCAUACAGGGUUGUUUUCCUCAGAUAAGAAAGGGAAACUUCAGAUUCAAUGGAAUUGCUCAAGAUGGCUUGAACUCAUUUCUUCACACCCUCUCAAGAAGGAGAAUACGUUCAUCAGACUACCCUCAACACCAACACAUGGGUGGUGUACCCUCACCAAGAAGGACAAUACGUUCAUCAGACCACCCUCAACACCAACAUAUGGGUGGUGUACACUCAUCAAGAAGGACAAUACGUUCAUCAGACCACCCUCAACACCAACAUAUGGGUGGUGUACACUCAUCAAGAAGGACAAUACGUUCAUCAUACCACCCUCAACACCAACAUAUGGGUGGUGUACACUCAUCAAGAAGGACAAUACAUUCAUCAGACCACCCUCAACACCAACAUAUGGGUGGUGUACACUCAUCAAGAAGGACAAUACGUUCAUCAUACCACCCUCAACACCAACAUAUGGGUGGUGCACACUCUCCAAGAAGGACAUUACCAUCAUCAGACCACCCUCAACACCAACAUAUGGGUGAUGUACACUCUCCAAGAAGGACAAUUCCACCAUCAGACCACCCUCAACAGCAACCGAUGGGUGAUGUACACUCUUCAAGAAGGACAUUACCACCAUCAGACCACCCUCAACAGCAUGAUGGCUUUACAUCAGAUGCUGUAUGUCAAUUCUCUCAGACACACAGAGAAGGUAGCAGUAGUCAGAGCAAGCCUUACAAGAGGCAAGCUCCUUCUACUCAGUCAAGAGUUCCACAGGAUGAUCCUGAAAUUCCAGAGAAGCAAUCAAAGUAUGACAUCUAGUUGCUAUGGUAUCGGUAGAUUAAGACAGUGUCCCAGUGGUAACACUUCAUCUUGUUUUUGUGUUUGUAUGAUACAGGGCUCCACACUAACUUUAAUUUUUGGAAAAAAGGUUCAGAUUGAACUUUAAAAGUGUGUAUGCAUGAGUCCUAAGAAAAAACUUUGAAAUUCGGGGGUCCGGAACUAGAGUUUUGGCAAUCCAUGUGUCCCGGCUAGCCUGUCGGUUUUGAGUCCUGGGCCUGUAUUCAAUUCAAUACUGAAGUACAAAAUUUAAGCUUUUUACUUAGUAUUUGGCUUAGAAAAUUACUUAGCCAAUUAUGGUAUUCAAUUGACACUUUUGGCUAAGUAUUUUACUCUAAAUCUAAGCCGACUCCAUACCAGACUUAAGCAAUUGUUUGUAGGCCUUGAUUGGCAGGCAUACGGUUUUCUUACGCAGUAUUAUAUCCUGCGCACAAUUAUAUCAGCGCGCAGUUAUUGCAAUGCGUCAAUUGCGCAUUAGUUUUGAUUGACCGUGUGACGUCACAAUGCUUAUCAGUAAGUAUUUUACUUAGAUUUUGUCUUACGCAAGUAUAAGUCUAAAAUGCAAUUUGAAUACGAGAUUAGUCAAUUACGGUACUUAACUUAGCCAUUUCCUUAGUAAGUUUCUAACUUAUGCUAAGUACUGAAUUGAAUACCGGCCCUGGUCUAAUAGCAAGAAAUUUGGGGUAAAUAGGGGUAAUUUGGGGCAAUAUUUGCAAACAUUUGAAUAUUAUUUAAAAGGCUGUGUUCUUGUUUUUCACCUCAAUGAGUACAGUCUCUUAUCUGGUGUUAGUGUAUGAAUUUUAAAAGAAAGAGAACAUAAUAUUGUCACAAUGUUUGAAUACAUGUGAAAGGCCUAUGUAAAAAGUGAUGCAAACAUUGGAUACGUUUUGUGAAUGUGUACUCAAUAAGCCCAAAACAGAGUUGCAUCAAGGGCCCAUUGUGUACCUGUUUUAUGCAGAAAGGGGUCAUGUUGUGUGGUAAAUGUUUUUUAAAAUACUCUAAAUAGGGGGUCAUUUUUUUACUCGGCUAUGAUUAUGUAUUAUGCAUGUGUAUAGAAGGUGGCUAUUGAUAUAGUGCACACGCCCAUUGCAGCAUGACCCUCCUGGUGCUUAAACAUUAUUACCCUGGUCCUAGGCGCCGGCCAAAUAUGUAGCGCUUUGGCAUGUCGGGUGCCCAUUACUACCAGGGUGGAGAGUGGCAAAUGUGGAUUAAUGCCUUGCCCAGGAUGUUAGAGCUGGGCUAGCUGGGAUUUGAACCCUCAACCCUUGGAUUGAGUCUAGUGAGUGAACCACUAUACCAGCUCUUAAUGCUAUCAUGUCAACCAUCAUUGGGGAUGUAGUUACUUUAAUGCACAGUAUUUGUUUGAUAAUAAAUUAUGAUUAAGUAAAGUGUGAAAGGAUUUGUUUGAUUUAUCACCAGAAAUGUCCCCAGCUAAAGAACUAUUGCUUUAUCUAUAUUGUCAAUUAUAUCCCUUCUAUGAAUAUUCAUGAGUUUUCUAAAUACAUGAUUGGUCAAUUAGUGGUCAUGUGAUAAAAUAUAAUUUCACUGUUAGAAACCUCUGCCAGAGCUCUGAAUAUUUUCCACUAUUUUUUCAUGGGCAGAACUGUGCAUGCUCUUUGAGAUUGUCAUGUAGAUAAGCAUUGUGACAUCACAUCAUGUUCAGUCAAAAG